AUGCCUUGCACGCAAAGAAAAAGAAAAAUUCCACUUGGACCUGGCAAAGCAUCUUCAACAUCAUGCCUUUUAUUCGAGAAUUCAGUUUCCGGGUUAUUGAGAAUGGCAGUAAAGUUCAUAUAUGGUCAGAUAAAUGGAUUCCGUGUAAGUUUACACCUCCUAUCCCUGCAGUCUCAAACUGAAGAAGCAAGCAACUAUAUCCUAGUCUCAGACUUGAUUGACCAAGACACUAAGGCAUGGAAAGUUCAGUUGGUUCAACAAUUUUUUACACAAGAUGAUGCAGAAAUCAUUCUACAUAUUCAUAUCCCAUUCACGAAUGAAGAUAGACUGGUGUGGACUCUCACAAGAACUGGCCAGUUCUCUGUAAAAUCAGCUUACAGGAAACUAUUGGAUAUUAAGCAUAAUAAUACUCUUCAGUACAAUGAGGUAACAGCUAGAUUUUGGAAGGUUCUAUGGAAUUUAGAUACACUUCCUAAGGUUGAGCAUUUCCUAUGGAAGUGCAUCUGUGAUAUCAUUCCCUCCAAUGACAGACUAGCCAGAGUCUUUAAUUAUGGAGGAGACAUUUGUAAGAUGUGUCAUCAAGCUGUGGAAACAACAAGCCAUAUUCUGUUCGAGUGUUCUUUCUCAAGAGCAAUUUGGUUGACAGUCCCCGGUGCAAGCCAACGUAUCCAUCGAGCUGGUAAAAACGUGGAAGAGUGGAUAAAGAGCUGGUUCACAGAUACAACAUCCAACCUAGUAGAUGACUGGAUUGUAAGGAUGGCAAAUACUGCAUGGGAGAUAUGGAACGCGCGCUUUGACUGUGUCUUUCAGGAAAUCAGGCCAAACCCAGUGGGUGUUAUAAAACGUAUUCAGUUUCUAAACGAUUGCACGGGAAAGAAAAUGAAGAUGAGAGUUAACACUGAAUCUGUUUCAGUUCGAGGAAAUAUGAGACCUAUGUCUCACUGGAUACCUCCACCAACACCUUCUCUCUCUUUUUGUUGUGAUGCUUCCUAUAAAAAGCUUAAUAACGUUCAUCAUACAGGAAUAGGCCUAAUAAUCCGUAAUUUUGCAGGUACUUAUGAAAACGGAAAAUGCAUCUAUGCAGACAGAUCCACCACCUUUUGCAGAAAAAGCAAUUCUGGAGGAUAA